GCGUGUAGCAUUGUAUUAGUUUGACAUUUCAAUGGUCUUUGUUUCUUUCUCUCUGAAAAUAUUCUUAUUCUAGUCUUCUUUCUUCUAGAGAAAAGAGAGAGAGAGAGAGAGGGUCGCCGGCCAGCCACCUUGUAGAGAGGGAAAGAAAGGAGACACUUUCUUCCAAACCCUCUCUCUAAAAAAGUCAAAUACAAUCCAAAUCUCCAAAAGCUCAAAACCCACCCACCCCUGUUAACGCCAAUACCAAUUUACACAGAAAAUCAACCAAAAAGAAACACAACCCCUUACCCAAUUAUCCAUCUGUUCGUCUCUUUGAUCAUUUACAUACCCAAUCCUUCAUUUCUUUCUUACAGGUCGAGUGGGUUUUUAUAUAUUUUAUAUUUUAUAAAAUUUAAAAACAAAAAACUUUAAAAUCUUUGCUGGGGAAGACAGGGUUUGUCACUGAUGAGUUCCAAUACGGCGCCGUCUAGCUCAGGAGGCGCCGGAUCUGCCGAUCCAACAUCUACCAGGAGGCAUUCCAAGCGACCCAAAUAUUCAAGAUUUACUCAGCAGGAACUUCCAGCGUGCAAGCCAAUUCUCACGCCACGAUGGGUGAUCUCAGCAUUCAUGCUUGUAAGCAUUGUCUUCAUUCCCAUCGGAGUUGUUUCCCUCUUUGCUUCUCGAGACGUUAUUGAAAUUAUUGAUCGGUAUGAAACUGAUUGCAUACCAACGCCCUCUAGAAGUGAUAAGGUCGGGUACAUACAAGGCCCCGGAGAUAAAAAAUGCAACAGAACUCUGAAGGUAACUAAGAAUAUGAAGCAUCCUAUAUAUGUAUAUUACCAGCUGGAUAAUUUCUACCAGAAUCAUCGCAGAUAUGUUAAAAGCCGAAGCGAUCAACAGUUGAGAGAUCCAAAGUCUGAAAAUCAAGUGGAUGCUUGUAAGCCUGAAGAUAAGGCAGGUGGUCAACCUGUUGUGCCUUGUGGUCUCAUAGCUUGGAGUUUGUUCAACGACACCUAUAGUUUUUCACGCAAGAAGCAGCAAUUGACGGUGAACAAGAAGGAUAUCUCAUGGAAGAGUGAUAGGGAUCACAAGUUUGGCAAAAAAGUCUUUCCAAAGAACUUUCAGAAUGGAACUCUUAGAGGUGGUGCGUCUCUCGAUGCAUCCAAACCAUUAAGUGAUCAAGAGGACCUUAUUGUUUGGAUGAGAACUGCUGCACUGCCAACAUUUAGAAAGUUGUAUGGGAAGAUUGAGGUGGAUCUGGAAGCAGGUGAUGAAUUACACGUGACGUUGGAGAACAAUUACAACACAUACAGUUUUAAUGGAAAAAAGAAGCUCGUGCUUUCUACCACUAGUUGGAUUGGUGGCAGGAAUGACUUCCUUGGCAUUGCUUAUCUCACCGUUGGUGGGUUGUGCUUCUUUCUGGCCAUGGCUUUCACAGUUGUAUAUCUUGUUAAGCCAAGGCAACUUGGAGAUCCAUCUUAUCUGUCAUGGAACAGAAAUCCAGGAGGGCACUAAGGCGUUUUAAACUGCUCAUGACAUUUGCUUCACUCAAGCGUUUCCUAACGACCGAUUUUAAUUAUAUGUAUAUUAAUGUUUUCAAUGUGAGCAGUACAUAUGACUUUGAGAAGCAUUUCGGUCAUUUGGAGUUUUCUUUUAUUUUUUAUCCCAUUCUCUUUUGAGAGCAUGACAUUAUGAACUUUCAUGUAUAAUUCCAGAAAUAGUAUUGAAUACAUCUAAAGUUAUUUCCAUUGAUC